UAUGUUAGUGUUAAUGUUUCUAUAUUUAACUAAAUCCUAAGAUACAGUAGUGUACUGGAUGUUUUUGUCCACCGCUACUGUCGAUUACGGGUGACCCCAUUCGCCACACUCUUUCCCCUAAAGCGCAGGGUUGUGGGUGUUGUGACCUAUAUACAGACGAACCGAUGUGGAACUAAAUAAUCACGAAUAGUGCUAAUGAUGAUGGAAAUCGUCAGGUAAAAAGGAUUGCAUACAAUACUUUUUCUCACGAUGUUUUUAAAUCAUCAUUGAACAGAACAGAAUUGGAUCAAUAUUCUGUUCUUAAAUAGAAGACUGCAGAAGGACAUGUGAUACUUUCAUUCAGAUACAUGAAGGAUCCCUUAUAUAACUCAGGGCUAAUAUCUACAUAAUUAUUAUAAGGGUUCGGCUUGCCCGCCAACCGCUUGAACUCAUUUAUCAGCACUUGGCGGGCUUUCCGAUCCCUUUCAAUUCUUUUUGUGGACACAAUCAAUCACCUUUCAAUCAGUAGUUUACUUAACCGCAGGGAACAGGACGAUUUUUCUGCAUUGUGUCUCCAACUAAAUGACAGUGAUUGAUCACGUUGUAGGCUUUAGCUAGGUACCAUCUUUUGCAAAAAAAUUGCGGCUGGGAACUGAUAAUUUGGGAUAGCUGUUUAAGUGCAAUCUUUUAAACUGUUUAGGAUCGGUAAACAUUCUUCAAAUUUUGUUUUGCAUUGAAAGCAAUUAGUACUCAUAAAAUUCAACGUUUUGGAAGGCUGAUGUUGUGAUCAAUUGUGAUAAAUUGUCGUUGGAAGUGCAACCAGUUGUACAUUAGUGGUAGUGGUGUGAUGUGUUGAGUUGUGCGCGGCUUCGCGUGGUGUGGUGGCGGGCCGGUAGCGAGCGCAUGCAGGGGCGCGCGGGCGCAGGCCCGGGCGGGCUCCGCUCAAACCCGCGCGCCCUCCCGCCGCCAGUCCUACCGCCACCGCCGCAGUUCGCCACUGACCAAGACGAGAUGCCUGCCAAUCAAAUUGCACAGGUGAUCGCGCUAAUAUGCGGUUUGCUGGUGGUGAUCCUGAUGGUGUUAGGACUGGCGUCGGCCGACUGGCUGAUGGCGGCGGGGUGGAGGCAAGGCCUGUUCAUGCACUGCAUAGACCCCGAGGCGCCCACGCCGCUGCCUUUCGACAUUACUGCACAGCCCGGCUGCUAUGCUGCAAGACCCGCGCCAUAUAUUAAGGCGGCGGCGGGUCUGUGCGUGGCGACGUUAGCGGCGGACGUAUGCGGCGCAUUGCUAACAGGGCUCGGCCUGCGCUCCGCCGACCACAGGACCAAGUUCCGAUAUUAUCGGUUCGCGGUACUCGCCAUGUCGCUAGCAUUAAUGUGCAUUUUAAUAGCAUUAGUCAUCUACCCAGUCUGCUUCGCUGCGGAGCUAAAUCUGGGCAAUAGGUCGGUGUGGGAGUUCGGGUGGGCGUACGGCGUGGGCUGGGGCGCCGCCAUCUUCCUGUUCGGCGCGGUGGUGCUGCUGCUGUGCGACAAGGAGAGCGAGGAGCUGUACUACAAGGAGCGCAAGGUGGUGGCGGCGGCGCCGGAGCCGCGCCCCUAGGGCCGCGGGCGCCUGCCCGACCUGGUGCCGUGAGGGCGCUAGCGCCCCGCGGCCCGCGCCCGCCGCGCGCUGGCUCUAGUGCCGCCGUCUGAUGCAGCCCGCACCACGCGCCCUGACUACUCAAUACUCAAAAUAUCAUAGUACUUGGCCUGAUCCAAAUUGUUGCUGUCGUGUGCGACUCCCGCGAGAUGUUUACUAUAAUACUCGACAUAUUAUUGUAAAGCGAUAAUAGCAUAUUGUAUCUUGUUUUGGCUACUUCCAGUGUAAGUGCUAUGAUUGUUUUGUAGACCGUUUUUUUUUGUUUUAAUUAACUUCGUAGUUUUUAUAGUCAUACCUCGGUUGUUUUAUUUUUCUUUUUAUAAUUUAGUGGCAUUGUGUUGAUCUUAUUUUUUAUCGGUUAGUGCGAUGAAACUAUAAAGAAGAUCUGAAAAACGGACAAUUGAAUCUACUUAACAAGUGAAAAUCGCCUUUUCAAGGAUAUAUUUUGUGAUUUUUUUUUAUGAGUAAGUGUAGCGUGAUAUGUUUCGGCAGCCGGUUGUCGAUCCUCGGCGCAGCUCGCUCCCGCGAUGGGCGGAACACAUUCAGAUAUCUAUGUGUACUGGCGUACCUCGAAUGUAAUCCGUUCCAAAGAGCGCAACUCGUUAUUUAUUCGCUUUAAUUUAUUCGUUAAGGUUAAGUUGUGUAGAUAUGGUUUGGUGAGGUCGUAGGGCUUGUGUUGCAUCCGGCGGCGCAGUGCAGCGCGGCCGGGCCCCGGGCAGGCGACCGUUACUGCGGCUUGUGCGGACUCGUGGCGGCCGGCUCUGUGCCCGUCGCCACACCACGGACUAUAUACCUACUGAGAUAUUUAAAGGAAUUAAAUAUAUGUUUUUAUUAAAGUUACCCUUUAGUAUGAUACACUUCAUAUUAUUGAAAAACUAUUUUAUUAAUGAUUAUAUAAAUAGGAAUCAUGUCUGUCUAUGUACACGGUUCAUAAUAACUUACUCGAGAUUAAUUUCUAAUUUGUUAGUGAUGUCUAGAAUCUCGUAUUCAUUUUACUAUUUUGUGAAUCUCGGAAUUGAAAUUAUUUAAAAUUAUAUUUUCUUAAUAUUUAUGCAAAAGUAAAGGAACAAUUAAUUGACGAUUAACUUGAUAAUUAAUAAGUAGCUGUAAAUGUGUAAGUUUAAUAUAUGUGGACAUUGUUAUAAUGGCACGCCAUGUGUUUAUCUAACUCUGUGAAAUUAAAACUGUGUUUAUUAAUAUCGAAUGUUCUUGGUCUUGGCUUUAAUUUCGUGUAAUUUUGAGUUGUGAGAGAAUGUUCAUAUGUUAUACCUACGUAUAGCUUAUUUUUUUUAUUACUCAAUCUAAACUGACAUUGUAUAAGAUAGACUACUUUGUUCAGAAUCGCUGAUUAUAUUCGAAUAGACUAUUUUAAAUCCACAAAUAUUGCAAUUAUAAAGCAUAAUAAAAUUAUUCAUUUAAACGUAAAAUGAUGCCUCAACCUAUUAUUUAGUUAUAGGAUUGUUUAUUGUGAUAAUGAAGCAGCUAUUUGUAAUCGUUGAUGUGAUCGAUUGAGGCUUUGCAUUGUGAUUCCAUAUUGUGAGCGCGGCUUGUGCGCUUUGACAAAAAUAAAAUAAAUUGUCUACGAAGUUUCACUGUUAAUAGUAAAUGAAAUUAUGCUCCAAACUUCCAAUUAAAUGUACGUAGCUCACCCGAAACUUUCAUUCGCGAAGCCCGUUCAUUCGCUCUUAGUCACUACUUUAUAAGUAUCUCGCAAAUAAUGUCUACUUAAACCUAUGAGUAGCAGGAAAAAUUUCUAAAUCUCCUUUACCUAAGUUUCGGUUUUCAUACUUUAUUGUUUACACACUAAGCUUUACUUUAGAAUUAUAUCAGAUUUUUGUUAAGUACAAGGCUAAAUUAGAUCUUAAGUUUGUGGAAGGCAACUAAUGUUGCGAUCAUCAUAAAUAUCAAUAAAUCACACUGCCAUGAACUCUAUGAUAUAAACUUACAUUUUAUUUGUAAGUCGUAUUAAUUUUAUUGUAGUUAUAAUGAAUAACAUUAAAUUAUUUAAAUUUCCUAACGUAAGUGUACAUUUUACAUAGAGAAGACAACCCCCUUUGUAAUUGAUAUUGAAUGACAUUAGCUACUUAAUUUUAUGCACCUCCAACGGUACCUUGGACACACUGGUUUAUCUCUGCAAAUAAAAAUACCAAUUUUAUUAUAUAAAUAGAAUAUUCAGUAGUCUAUAACUGAAAUAAGUUUUUUUUAAACAAAUGUAUAAAUUUUACCCUUGUAACACUGAUCUAAAAUGUAAAAGUCCUACGAAAUAUUAAUUAAUUGAAUACUUACAGUUGUCCAAGACCAUCAGUUAAAAUUUUCUAUUUCCUUAGCCAAAUUAUGAGUCAUAUCAAAUGAGAUUGAAUAAAGUAAAUAGUACCUAAA